AUGAGUUUAAAACCUUUCACCUACCCAUUUCCAGAGACAAGAUUUCUUCAUGCAGGACCCAACGUGUAUAAAUUCAAAAUUAGAUAUGGCAACAGCAUCAGAGGGGAAGAGGCAGAAAACAAGGAAGUCAUCUUCCAGGAGCUGGAGGAUUCUAUUCGUGCAGUCUUAGGAAACCUGGAUAAUUUACAGCCAUUUGCUACAGAACACUUUAUUGUAUUUCCCUAUAAAAGCAAAUGGGAAAGAGUGUCCCAUCUGAAGUUCAAACAUGGGGAAACUGUCUUGGUCCCUUAUCCAUUUGUUUUCACUCUGUACGUGGAGAUGAAAUGGUUUCAUGAAAAUCUGUCACCAGGAAAAUCAGUGAACAGCAGUCCUCUUGGGUUGGUCCUAGAAGAGAGGAAAGCAGCAGAAGCUGUGCUGAAGAAACGAAAACUCAGAGAAGUGCCCAGCUCCCCAGCCAGGCCAGAGCUGGACAGAACAGAGAAAGAAAAACCCAGCAAGAAUGCCAGAAGACCCCAGGAUUUGAUGUCACUGAUGUCCAGGACCAGGAUCCCAAGUGGGAGGACGGCCCGGCGGGGACGACUAUCCCACCACCACAGCAGAGCAGUCCACCUCCAGCUGAGGGGCCCGCAGAGCUGGGAACCAGUGGCUUCUUUGGGUUUCUGA